AUGAGGCUCCUAGUUUAUGUGGUGUUUGUAGGGGGACUUCUGCUGGACUGUGCCAACACUCAGAAAACAACAGUCACAGUAAAGGAUCUUAAAGAAGCAGCAGAGAAGUGGGUGGGUGAUAUUCCCUGUCUAGCGUGGGACUGCAACUGUGCCUUCAGGUCGCAGAGCUGUUGCUGUGGAAAUGUGGAGCUGCAGAUUUUGAGAGACCAGGUUAUGGAGACAUUCCAGGAAGUGUCUGGGAAAAUCAACCAGCUCUCAGAUGAGAUCCAUGAAGUCAUAGGACCAGUAAAUGUAGCCUUCACUGUCUUCCUGGGAGAAGACAUAAAGUGUAUUGGACCAUUUGAGAGAAAUGUCACUAUCCCUUACGAUGUCAUCUCCCUGAAUGAAGGACGUGGGUACAAUUCUGGGCUGGGACUAUUCACGGCUCCAGUGUCGGGGGUGUAUUCCUUCUCUCUGUCAGUGUACUCCAGGCUGCAGCAGGCCGGGCUGCACAUGUACCACAGAGUACAGCUCACAAAGAAUGGUCACCCAGUGGUGUCUGUGUGGGAGGACAACUCUGAGGACAUGGAGGACAGUGGCUCUCAGAAUGUGCUUCUGUCUCUGCAGCAGGGGGACCAGGUGUGUGCAGAGCUGGUGCAGGACAGGAAGCUCUGUGGCAACAUCAGGGGACUCAACAGCUUCUCGGGAUUCCUCAUCUACCCCACGGAAAAUGCCUCAUAAUUUGUCUUUAGACAUUUUCAUGUAAUGUACUGACUCACACUUAUCCAAGCUUUGGACUGGCACAAAGCUUGUCAAAGCUUUUAGAGUUUUUCUUUUUGCUGUGAUUAUGUUUUGAAGAGAUCCCUCAGUAUCCCAGUUACAGUCUGGC